AAAUGCGCUAGGCGCAAUAAACAUAGCUCGAAAAAAUCAUUACCUUUAUACUGUUGGAAAAUUUUCGUGGCUGCGCUAAAAUCCACAUUUUGUGCAUUAAAAUAAGUUGAAAUUAUUACGUAGAAAAAAUGACGGACUCCAAGUAUUUUACAACCACCAAAAAAGGUGAAAUCUUUGAGCUCAAAUCGGAGCUGAACAAUGACAAAAAAGAAAAAAAGAAGGAAGCUGUAAAAAAGGUCAUCGCCAGCAUGACGGUAGGCAAAGAUGUGUCUGCUCUAUUCCCUGACGUAGUAAACUGCAUGCAAACAGAUAAUCUUGAACUAAAGAAAUUGGUUUAUUUAUAUUUGAUGAAUUACGCUAAAUCCCAACCAGAUAUGGCAAUAAUGGCUGUAAAUACCUUUGUAAAGGAUUGUGAGGAUUCCAACCCGCUUAUUCGGGCUUUAGCUGUACGCACAAUGGGUUGCAUUCGCGUUGAUAAGAUAACUGAAUAUUUAUGUGAGCCACUACGUAAAUGCUUAAAGGACGAGGAUCCUUAUGUACGUAAAACUGCUGCUGUUUGUGUUGCAAAGUUGUACGAUAUUUCAUCUUCAAUGGUUGAAGAUCAAGGUUUCUUGGAUCAGUUAAAGGAUCUACUUUCCGAUUCAAAUCCCAUGGUAGUAGCCAACGCCGUUGCCGCACUGAGUGAAAUUAAUGAAGCCAGUCAAUCGGGCCAACCACUGGUUGAAAUGAACUCAGUUACUAUCAAUAAAUUGCUCACAGCGCUUAAUGAGUGCACGGAAUGGGGGCAAGUCUUCAUACUCGACUCGCUAGCCAAUUACAGCCCUAAGGACGAGCGUGAAGCUCAGUCGAUAUGCGAACGUAUCACACCACGUUUGGCACACGCCAAUGCAGCAGUUGUUUUGAGCGCCGUAAAGGUGCUAAUGAAGUUGCUAGAAAUGCUUUCAAGUGAUAGUGACUUCUGUGCAACACUAACCAAGAAGUUGGCACCACCAUUAGUUACACUACUUUCUUCUGAACCAGAGGUGCAAUAUGUUGCAUUGCGAAACAUUAAUUUGAUCGUACAAAAACGCCCAGAUAUUCUUAAGCACGAGAUGAAAGUGUUCUUUGUCAAGUACAAUGAUCCAAUUUAUGUGAAAUUGGAAAAACUCGACAUUAUGAUACGCUUGGCUAAUCAAACCAACAUUGCACAAGUGCUUAGCGAGCUGAAGGAGUACGCUACUGAAGUAGAUGUGGACUUUGUACGCAAAGCUGUGCGUGCCAUUGGACGUUGCGCCAUUAAGGUCGAGCCCUCUGCAGAGCGCUGCGUGUCCACUCUACUUGAUUUGAUCCAAACCAAAGUCAACUAUGUUGUGCAAGAGGCGAUUGUCGUAAUUAAGGACAUCUUCCGCAAGUACCCCAACAAAUAUGAGAGCAUUAUCAGCACACUGUGCGAGAAUCUCGAUACGCUCGAUGAGCCCGAGGCACGCGCCUCAAUGGUUUGGAUUAUUGGCGAAUACGCUGAGCGUAUUGACAACGCCGAUGAGUUACUCGAAAGCUUUUUGGAAGGUUUCCAAGAUGAGAAUGCUCAAGUGCAGUUGCAAUUAUUAACAGCAGUUGUCAAAUUGUUCUUAAAGCGCCCCUCCGACACGCAAGAGCUGGUACAGCAUGUGCUUUCUUUGGCCACACAGGACUCAGAUAAUCCCGAUUUGCGUGACCGUGGCUUCAUAUACUGGCGCUUAUUGUCUACUGAUCCAGCCGCUGCCAAAGAGGUUGUCUUGGCUGAUAAGCCAUUGAUUUCAGAGGAAACUGAUUUGUUGGAACCAACUCUCUUGGAUGAACUAAUCUGUCAUAUAAGUUCACUGGCAAGUGUAUAUCACAAACCGCCAACAGCAUUUGUUGAAGGUCGGGGUGCUGGCGUUCGCAAAUCGCUACCAAAUCGUGCACCAGCUGCUGGCACUGCAGAGCCGGAGGCUGGUGGCGAAGCUAUGGUUAUACCGAAUCAAGAGUCUUUGAUUGGCGAUUUGUUGUCGAUGGACAUCAAUGCACCCGCCAUGCCUGUGGCUGCGCCAACCACAAGCAAUGUGGACUUGCUCGGCGGGGGCUUGGAUAUUUUGCUCGGCGGUGGUCCAACAGAGCCUGCUGCCGGUGGUGCAACUAGCUUACUUGGAGACAUAUUCGGCUUGUCUGGUGCUGCGCUCACUGUGGGUGUGCAAAUACCGAAAAUAGUUUGGUUACCUGCCGAAAAGGGUAAAGGUCUCGAAAUACAGGGCACAUUCUCGCGUCGCAAUGGCGAAAUCUUCAUGGACAUGACACUUACCAACAAAGCUAUGCAGCCCAUGAGUGGUUUUGCUAUACAACUCAACAAAAAUAGCUUUGGGUUGAUACCCGCUUCCCCGAUGCAAGUUGCACCCUUGCCACCCAAUCAGAGCACAGAAGCUACACUACCACUCGGCGCACAUGGUCCCGUGCAGCGCAUGGAACCUUUGAAUAAUCUGCAAGUGGCAGUCAAGAACAACAUAGAUAUUUUCUACUUUGCAUGCCUAGUACAUGGCAAUGUACUCUUUGCCGAGGACGGCCAGUUAGAUAAGCGUGUCUUCUUGAACACCUGGAAGGAGAUACCCGCCGCCAAUGAGGUCCAAUACAGCUUGAGCGGUGUUAUUGGCACAACCGAUGGCAUUGCCUCGAAAAUGACCACUAACAAUGUGUUCACUAUUGCCAAGCGUAAUGUAGAAGGACAGGAUAUGUUGUAUCAAUCAUUAAAAUUAACCAACAACAUUUGGGUUUUGCUCGAAUUGAAGUUGCAGCCGGGUAACCCAGAUGCCACUUUGAGUCUGAAAUCUCGUUCGGUGGAGGUGGCUCCAAUGAUAUUCGCCGCCUACGAGGCCAUCAUACGCUCGCCUUAAGCGGUGGAAUAGCAUUAAAUUAUUGUAAGAAUUAUAAACUAUGAAAAUGUUGAUGAGCUACGAUACUAUAAUGUUGCAAAUAUCCAAUAUAAAUUUACUCAAACUUUUGAACUAAAACUAUUCGUCAUACUCGUGCAUACAUACAUCAGCGUAAAAAGUCGUUCAGAGUUCAUAUAGGGCAUUUGGAAUUUACAAAUUGUUGCUCGUAUGCCUCUAGUAUUUUACCACAUAAUAAUAUAAUAUUAAUAUAAAAAUUCUGCUGAGAAUUUAUUGAGAGAAAACAUUCCCAAAAUUGAAAAAAAAAUUUCAAAAAAUGCGAUUGCUAUUUGAAAUUUGCGUAGUAAAAGUAUUUCAACAAAAUGUGUUACGCUAAUAAACAUCUAUAUAAACUGCAUAUGUAUGUUUAAUAAAAUGCUUAAAAUAAAAAUAA